AUGCUGCUAGGCGCGUGCUACAGCGCCGAGCCGCCGGACAAGGCGCACCGCGGCCACGUGCUGCACGCGGGGGCGGCCGCCGCCUCGCCGCCCCCGCAGCCGGGCCUGCUGCAGCCGCCGCCGGCCGCCCCCGCGUCCUCGUCAGCCGGGGGCGGCAGCAGCAGCGGGGGUGGAAGCUCGCUCUUCACCAUCGACAGCAUCCUUGCGCCGAGGCCCACACCGCGGCCGCCCCCACCGCCCCCGCACCAACAGCAGCAGCAGCAGCCGCCGCCGGCGCCUCGCCUGCAGCACGCCGUCCUGCCGCCCCCACUGCACCUCGGGCAUCUCGGCUUCGCGCCCGCCUCCACCGCGGACUUUCUCGUCUCGGCUGCGUCACUCAGCGACAGGCGAGUGUCGGCGGCCGGUGCGCCGGGCAAAGUUGUCGUGGCUGUCCGGAUCUGGUUUCUGACGCGUCUGUGUCCAGACGUGAGCCCGCAACCGCCGCCGCCGCCACAGCCACGUUCCGCGUUCGGCCGCUAA